AUGGUGUCAAGAGGCACUAGGUGGAGGAUUGGAAACGGCGAGAGUGUGAGGAUUUGGAAGGAUAACUGGCUGCCGGAGAAUCCAGGAUUCAAAGUUCUCAGUCAUAAUGGUAAUCCUUACAGAGAUGCUAAAGUCAGCGAGUUGAUUGAUGUCGACCUUGGAGUUUGGAAAACAGCGCUGGUCCAUGGCAUUUUUUUCCCUUCAGAGGCAAAACAAGUUCUAAGCAUUCCUCUCUCGAGGAGGCUCCCAAUGGAUAAGUUAAUCUGGCACCAUGAGAAGAGCGGAGAGUACUCUGAUAGAUCUGCUUACCACCUUCUUCAACAGGUCAAGUGCGCCAAGAAACCAGGCCCGUCGUACACCUCUUACAAGAAACUGUGGAAACUAAUCUGGAAUUCUCCUUUUCUCCCUCGUGUCCGGAACUUCUUGUGGCGCUUGGCGAAAAACAUCCUCCCAACUAAAGUCAAUCUGCAAUCCAAAGGUGUGAAUCUCGAUCCCUUGUGCACGUUUUGCAAUUCUGCUCCUGAAACAUCAUCACAUCUAUUUAUGCAUUGUGUUUUUGCAAAGACUACUUGCUUUUCCUCCCCCUUGGGCUACCGAAUUUCAUUGGAUAAAGAUAAGAGGCUGGAUCCCACUGCUGUGGCGGAGGCGGCAUGGAGAUAUGUCAAGGAGACGAGGUUUGAUUCUGAUAAAUGCAAGGGUGGUGAGAGUAGCCGUCAAACUUCCAGUGGAGUUCCCACCCCAAAGGAAGUUGUGGCAGUUCAGGUCGAUGCGGGUGUGUCCCUGGAUAGCAGUAUCUCUUUUGGCUGUGUGAUAAAAGACUUUGAGCAAAAGGUUCUAUUUGCAGCAUGUCAUAAGGAAGGAUCCACUGUGGAUGCAGGUACUGCGGAAAUGCUAGCUAUCCAAUGGAGCCUCAACUUUGCCAAAGAACGACAUUUUGACAAUGUGCUUAUCCAGUCAUAUUCAAUCAAUUCAGUGGACUGCAUCAAUGAUUGCUUGCAGUUGGGCUCUUUGGAUCAUAUAGCUCUUGACUGUAGGAGUUUGUUAAGUAGUUUUAAUUCUACAGUUGUAAUGUAUGUGAGUAGGGUGUUAAUUGUGGAUGCACACCACCUAGCUAGAUUAGGCAAAACUGUUGGUUCUAAAAUAUGGUGUGGGAUUCUUCCCACUGCUGAUUCUAUGUUUUCUUUUUCUGCCUUUGUGGCUUAA